UCUAAUUUUAUUUGUUAUGAUAACAUUACGAAGAGAUCAUAGGAGGAAUUAAAUGUUUGGUUAAUUGCAUAGUCGUGCCUUGUGUACAUUUUUGAUCUUAAAUGAUGUAGUAUGAGUUUUUGUAGGAAUUUUCCCCACCAUUAUAUGUUGCGACGCCCAGAAAAGUGUUUUUUUUGAAUGAAAGAUUAUGCAAAUGUCAAAACGUACAGCUGAAUUAAAUUGGUCAUUCAGGUUAAACGGCGAUAGUUUGUAGUUCCGAAGAAUGUGUACCUCUUAUCAGGAAUGCGUAGGGCCUUGGACUUUGUGUUGUGUAUGAACAAAAAGUCUUUUCUAGUGACGUUGCUUCUAUUAACUUCAGUUGUGUACUUGAGUUACACAUUCAAUUCUUGCCUGGUGAAUAAUUUAAACAGAGUAUUGAAACAGCAACGAAUUCAUGGCUUCUUUUCGUCAAGUGGCGCGACAACCAUCAUCACAGUCAAAGAGGAGGACCGCCAUGCGCCCAAGAAAGAGACAGUGGUGCGGGUGGUACCGCUCACGUGGAUGGGCCUCCACGCAGCUGAUGGCAUGACUGGCAACGAGACGGGCGAGCUGGUGGAUGGCGCCCCCAAGUACCGCUUCCUGCGUCACCAGGGGCUGCGGCCCAGUCGCAAGCUGCCCGACGCCCUCAUCAUCGGCGUGAAGAAAGGCGGCACCCGGGCCUUGCUCGAGUUCAUUCGUCUCCAUCCCGAUGUCAGAGCCGCCGGCAACGAAGUCCACUUCUUUGACAGAUUCUAUCACAAGGGAUUCCGUUGGUACAGGCAGAGAAUGCCUCCGACACUGGAAGGCCAGGUCACGAUGGAGAAGACACCGAGCUACUUUGUGACGAAGGACGUCCCUCAGAAGGUCCAUCGGAUGAACCCGUCCACGAAGCUGUUGGUCGUCGUGCGCGACCCUGUCACCCGGGCCAUCUCGGACUACACGCAGGUGUCCAGCAAGAAGCCGGGGAUGGCACACUUCGAGCAGUUGGCGUUCCUGAACGGCACGGGUGGCAGCGGGCUGGUGGACACCUCGUGGGGUCCCAUCAAGAUCGGUGUGUACGCCCGCCACCUGGAGCGCUGGCUGCAGUGCUUCCCCAUCCGGCAGAUGCUGUUCGUCAGCGGGGAGAGGCUGAUAGUGGACCCGGCCGCCGAGAUGGCUCGUGUGCAGGACUUCUUGGGGCUGAAGCGAGUGAUCACGGAGAAGCACUUCUACUUCAACUCGACCAAGGGCUUCCCUUGUCUGAUGAAGUCGGAAGGGCGCUCCAGCCCUCACUGCCUGGGCAAGACGAAGGGCCGCAACCACCCGUUCAUCGACCCGGUGGCCGUCCAGCGCCUGCGCGAGUUCUACCGGCCGUUCAACGCGCGCUUCUACCAGUUGACCGGGAUAAACUUUGGCUGGCAGUGACUCCCCACACCGCGAGUUCCCUUCGCCCGUGGAUUCUAUUUUGAUUUUCAAUUUCUCUGUGGGCGUGGGUUGUGUGUUUCUUUCAGCUCUUAAUUUCACGCGAUAGCCAGGGGCGUAGCCUGUAUUUUACUUCAUGGGGGUAUAUAUAUAUAUAUAUAUUUUAACAUUGUCUACCGAAAUUUUCUAAUAGAUACCAAUAACAAAAUUUUUGGACUUUUCUUUCUUUCUUAAUUUGGCCGUAGAAAUACAGUAAAAUCUUAAUAUUGAAAUCCCAGGAAAUUUCCCUGCUUAAUAACUUUACCACUUUUCUGCCUACAAAAAAUUUUCUGUUAAUGUAAAUUUCUGCAUGAGUGCGUACUGUAGUGCUAUUUCACUCAUUAUGUAAGAUAAACAACAUGAAUUACAAAAAUUAAGUUUUUGAAGUGGUACUACAUAAUCACAAAUUACCGGUUCUGCUGAAUUGUGGUGAGGGCUUGGAUACAUCCUGAAAUCCUUACUGCGGGCUACGAACAACCCUGAGUCUGAGCACAUAGGCUCUUGUCUGAACCAAGCUAUUAUGCGUGUGUGAUACUUCUAGUCCUAGGGGUCCUCUGUUUCUAACUUCCUUUGUAUACCGGUAUUACAUCUCUCUUACCUUUGUUGUACUUGCUCACGUAACUGCUGCUGGUUAGUUUCCAUAUUAAAAGGUUUGUAAAUCUGAUGCCCCGUGAUUCUCUGUCUUCGAUGAUCAUGGAAAGUCACCAAGGUGCAGAGAUUGUGUAUCUUCAUUUACGCAGUUUUAAACAUAUCCCUCUUUGCACAAUUCACUAGUGCACACUAAGCAAUAUGGCCGCUAAUACACAGAUUUUUUUUUCACCAGGGAAACAAAGUACAAAUUUAAAGCCUUAAAAGGAGGUGCUAUCACAAUCUGCAGCAUUGACGUGAGCAAAUGUGUACUAUUGUAUUCUAAGCAUUUCAUAUCCCUGACCGUAUAAUCAAGCCUGUAUACUUUAUGCAAUGAUGGCUAUGUGUAAGGGUAAGAAAAAGGUGAGCAUGGUACAAAAUGGCAGACUUACUUAAAAGUUAAAACAGUACAAACAGAUUUUUUUUAUUUUUGUUAUUGAAUUUAUCUUGGUUCUGUAUAUUAUAUACUUCCUGUUUUGUGUGGUUGUUUAAUGUAUAUGUUGCUGGAACUUGGCUUUGUGUUAAUUAGGGAAAAUUAACAUGUACUUAAUUUUUUUACCUCAAUAAUUUUUUGGUUUUGUGUAGUGUCCGAAUAUUUUUCUCACAGGUUUACUGUAAUAAUCUUAAUAGUUACCAGUCUUUCACUUUUUGACCGUGCAGUUAUUUAUCUUUCUUUGUAUGUUACUACACAGUACAUAAUUGAAUUAUUUGCUUACUUUUUGAGCAAGUUUAGAGGUUAUAUUUUGAGUCAAUGUUAAAUAUUUUCAAUCCUAUGGAAAACAACUGAAAGUUCCAUCUUAAGCUGAAGCAGACAUAUGCUAUUUUAUGCAGGGGGUGAACUUUUAGGGCAAAACCAUUUCUUAAAAGAUAAGUCUACGUUCUUAUAAAAAAAACUUGUUCCUAUUGCACAUUUUUUAUCAUUAUUAAAAUAAGAAAACUUAUUGCUUUGUUACAGAUUUCUAGUCUUUAAAUAAUAUUUAAAUCAAUUAAUAUCCUAUGGUUGGUUUUUAAUUUUAUUUGUAUUUUUGUUCUGGUUCAAAUAUAGCAAGCCAUGGCAUUCAACUGCCAAAAGCUGGAAAGCUAGAAGCAGUGAAGACAUGCAAAAUCUGUUGUAAAUUUUUACAUUACCGUAAGUCCUCGAUUAACAGACUACAUUCCCAGGAAUGGUUGGGUAAGCAAAACGUCCAUUAAUUAAAUAACUUUUCCCCAUACCCUUAAGGCCAUAAGGAAGUGUGUUGUCUCGGGUUAUGUUCGUAGACCUAAUCAUGGCUAAACAUGUGAUGUAAAAACAUGACGCCCAACUCGUGACAUGCUGACACGGCGGGAUGAUGUGUCGCAGCACAGCCAAACAUCUAAACUAUAAGAGCUUGGAUACAGCAAGAGUAAUGGCUGCAAACUGGUUAGUCCGGUAUCCUUGUCAAGAGCAAGGGUGAGAGAAAGAAGAAUGUGAGGAAAGGCUGAUUUACACGCACCCCGGUGACAUGACAGUGCUGUGGCCUGCCUGUUAACUUCACAGACAGUGAACUUACAUUGAUUUCUGUUCACGGUGGACGGAGUUUCAUCCUUCGUCUGGCAGUUACACUCGUAAAUAUCCACCAAUUGCACGGGCAUGAAACAAGAAAAUACCGUCCACAAUUAUCUGGCGGUCUUGGUACAGUAACAGGGACAACACUGUUUGCAGCGGCAUGGAAACAAAACCCUUCAAAUAGAUUAUUUUUUACCUCGUCGGUGGAUGCACAAGCCGGCCACGGCACUGGUUUGUGUUAAUCGGCCUGAAGUGAGAGAGAGCGCGUGACAAGUGGCUGUUUUCCUUCACAUGCCUUUGUUGGACGGCUGGAUAGACAAUUGGGGGUGGGGGGAACUCGCAGCCUACCAUUCUUCUUCCCAUAACUAGAGGCCGAUUUAUUAUGUUAUGUUUUCAUCCGUACGGCUACUUCGAAUUAAACUUGCACAUAAAUAAGAUUUCACUAAAGACAAUGAACUAUAAUGAACUAUGAGAACUUAAUCUUAUUUAUUUCAGGUAAAGACAGUAAGUACAAGUAAAGCCUGUACAGCGAAGGAUUAGUGGCUGGCUACAAAAAUUUUUGGAAUAUAAUGGCUCGUGUACAUCACCGGCCGGCAAGUCUGUAAACGACAUGUACAGAUUUCCUUGUCAUAACGGGACGAUCGGGCUGGUGAAAGGGUUGAGUUGGCUGUCGCUUUCUUUGCCAUGCACAUUGUAAAUAUUAGUGCUGCGUCUUACCCUCUUUUUUUUUAUAUAGGCACGGGAGAAAAGAUACACAGACACUUUUUGAAAACAGUUCUGUCAUCCUUCGAUAAUCAUUAUACAUGCAUUAAUUAUUCAGUUAGAUAGCAACGUAGAAAAGUCCGUUAACUAAAUUGAAGGCAACAAAAUAUAGUGUCCGUUAUUACAAAUGUUCGUUAAACAAGGGUCCGUUAAUCGAGGAAUUACUGUACCAGCAUUUUUUAUAUUUUGCAUCUGUUGGUAUUAAUUAGUAGCGUAGAACUUUUCAUGGAUAAUCAUCACACUACCUCUCCUGAACUGUUGUCGAAUACCCUUGGAGGUAUUCAGGAUGCUGGAUUUGUGAACCCACUACAUCACUGGAUCUUUUUCGGCUGAUUUCCGUGAUUUUGUUGAGCAAUAAGCUCAUUAAGAGUAGUUAUUUGUAACCGUAAACUAUAGCAACAUGAACAUAUCAUUCAAAAUGCAACUGAACUUUGAUGUUUAGUACUGUCUUAAAUGUAAUUUAUAUUACUGGGAUUACAUCACAAGCCUGUAAAUACAGUGAACCCUCAAUUUAGUGGACCGUUUGGGAGAUUGUUUAUUGACGAAUUAUGGAGUGGCACAUAGUUUUUUGGUGGGGUGUUAUCUAUGUGGUGAAGGUAGUUGUUUGGUCAUAAUGCUACACGCUAAAUUUUUUCAUUCUGCACGUUGACCUGUUCACGUCAAAGUAUAUGAAAUCAUGGAUUAUGCAAGUUAGGCACAUUCAAAAUAAAUUAUGGUUGUUUAAAAAAAACACUAAGUGUCCUGCAUAACACAUGGUUUCAUAUACUUUGACGUAAACAGAUCAAUGUUGUUUGGGCAUUGAAAGCAAGCAGGCCACACACGUUUGCUUGUGAUCCGAUUCCUCUUUCUCUGCAAGGAGACCAUGGUGUUAAGAGGGGUGGGAUCUCUUGCCUGCCACCAACAAGUUGACCAGGGUUCGACUCUCUGCUGGGUUAAAAAACUGGAUCUUUUUUUAGCAAUCUGAGAAAUUUGGCUGAUGUUGACUUGAGCUGGUGGAUUUUCUGGGGUUGCUUAUGUUUUUUCCCGCCCAUUCGUCCUGUCAGUGUUGUGUUACGUCACCUCAGGGCUACCGUCCCAUUGUCUCUACUGACCUUGAUGUCGAAAAGAUGUUAAGGCUCAGUCUCACAAGCCAUAUUGAUGUUUUAAAAAUUUUUUUCAUUAUUACUUUUAUUUAAGGACUUGUUUACCAUCGCACAUCACAGUUUCUUCGUUCUCACAGCGUUGCAACCUUAGGUAUUUCCACCGGAGGACCACGCAGUCUAUUGCGAUAAAGAUUUGAAUCCAUAGGAUUGUUCACACACUCGUCACCACACCAGUUCUGCAUCUCACAACCAGAAUUGUCUGCACGGCACGUUCUUUGUACCGUAGCAACUAACAACCUGUCGUACUCGCACCAUGUUCCGCACAUGACCAACUCUGAAACCAAAAACCGAAUAGUCGCAAUGGCUUCCGGUAACGGUAUCCAUAUACGGCCAGUGUCACUGACAACUAAAAAGUUAAAUCACUGCCUAAACACCAUUUACAACCGAGUUUAUACACAACAUGGAGUAAUUGUAAAAUUUUAACUGGAUACCUGUCUUGCAUUUGUUAUAUCAUAAAUAUUUUCGAAAGAUAUUCACUAAAUGUAAUAUAGUGAGGGUAAAAAUUUUGCUUAUUUUUUUGUAAUUAUAAUCCUGUGAAAAUUUUUACACUCACUAUACAUAUAAGUAAAUAUCUGUUGGAAAUACUUGUGACAGAACAACAGAGGUAAGGGAGGUACAAACUAAAAUAGAAAUGGUCCUUGAAUAAUAGUAAUGACAAAUAAAUUUAAAAAUCAACAUGGCAUGUGAGACAGCCAUAAGUCAAGAGUGUCUGCAGGUCAUGAAAGUCACCAAAAAGUCUUGAAAUAAACAGUAAUUUUGCUGGAAGACAUUAAAUUUUAAUUUCCAUCAACCUUUUGCUAAUUUACAUUUUGAUUUUACACGCCUCACUUCAGUUUACAGUCACGCAUUAAAUAUAUGAAUAGUUGGAGACUGUUAAUUUAAAUCAUGUAGAAAUUAUCCCUGAAAAAGGUGCUAGCUUCCUGUCAUAAAAAUCGACCCGAUGCUAUGAAUAAUAGACCUAUUACGUAUUUUGUUAAAAUGUUAAAAUUUAUUCACCAAAUAAUUUUUUGACAUCCUUUAAGCCCUUAUUCAUUUGUUCCCCCCCCCCCCCGCCCCACAUUUUUCUGCUGCCACUUGCAACAAACGCCUGUCACCCGAAUCACAAGGCAUGGAGAGGAUUCUAAUGGAAAAGAGCACCAAAAGACCUAUUUAACGAGCAUGCACUUUCACUUGGAGAGGUUGAAGAGGAAACAAGCAAUUUUUGUGUACCUAGGCAUGUUUCACUGUGAUGUAGAACUGCCUAAAAUUUACAGCAGUUAAAAUAUCCUGCACAAUUUAAGUUGCCUAAAAUAAAACGUAACAAAUUUCAAAGUAAAAUGAGGGGUGUGACUGCCGCAAAAAUGAAGUGGGUAAAAAUAGACAUGUCUGCUGUAACGAGUUACGCUUGUUCUUAAUUCUGCAGAUGCUCAAAUGGAAAAAGGGGAUUGUGGGGGGGGGGGAGCUUAUUGAAGGUGCUGAAGCCCUACCCUUCUGAUUGCAACUGACUCGGUAUGAGGUGAUUUUUCCUGGCUGGUGAGAAACUGGGAGAAAAGCAUUAGUUCCCGAACACAGGACCCCUUCGUCAGGCAUUUCUAGAUUCGCAACUGCAACUCCGGCAUCCUGUCGCGUGGAACAGUGCUAAUUGAUUUGUGCAUUCCUCAUCUGGCAGCUUGGUGGGCGAACAUAACGGCAGUCUGCUGCCGACCCUGUUUCUCUCGAGUGUGUAAAAGACAAGUGCGACAGUUUCAUUUUGUUGGAAGCACUCCGUCAGUUCCAAUAACCAUCUCGUGGAGGUCCGUUAAAUGGAAUGUUCACAGUAUACAUUUUGCCAAAGAGAAAGAACUCACAAUUUAUUAAUACAGCUAAACAAAGUUUCCAAAUAAAGAAAAUUAUCAAAAAAACGUAAGGAAGGUGUAAGUUCAAUUUUGUUUAUAACAUUGAUCUAUUAUGCUUGUUGAAUUUAAUGUAUCGUUCUUUAUCUUUGUUAAUCGUAGAAACUGGUUAAAUAAUUGUUGCAGUGUUGUUUGGUAAUUUACUACCACAAUGUUGCAGUUUAACAUUGUAAUUGAACAAUUUACUUGCAUGUGAUUGUGUAGUGUUUGAUUAGCUUGAUUGAGCUAGUUUAAGCUUUGGCUAGAUGUAAAACUUCUUGGACGCAAACUUGUUGAAAGCUUUGUUAUAAUGGCACUAGCAGUGCACAAAAUAGUUAGUUGAGAGUGUAUUGUUGAGAAAUGCACAUGUCUUAGGACUCUGUCUCACACGCCGUGUUAAUUUUUAUUUAUUUCGUCAUUACUAUUAUUUAAGAAUUCUUUCUGAAAUUCUAACAUACCUCCCUUGCAUUUGUUAUUACAUCAUUAAUAUUUUCAAUAGAUAUUCACUAAGUAAGUUGAAAUAGGUUUAAAAAGUUACAAAAUUGUUUGUAAUUUUUAUCACUUGUUCAAAUUUCUACACCCAUUAUGUUAGCUUAUUGAAUAUCUGUUGAAAAAAUUAAUGACAGAACAGCAAUUGCAAGGUAAGUAUUAUGUUAAAAUUAUGUACCGUAUUUGCCCGUAAAUAAUGUGACUAGAUAUAAUGUGACCCAAAACUCUUUGGUCAUGAGUUUAUGAAAAAGACUUCAUGGAUUGGAAAUCACACUUGAUUGUUCGUAACUCUUAAAUAUUAUUAAAUUUAUUCCAAAAUUAUGAGACCCUUUCUGGUGUCACGUUCUUCAGUACAGUGAUUUAAAUGGUCUCUUUUGAAACACCAAGUCAAAGAUAGAAAAAAAAAAUUGUGUUUUAUGACUGUACUUCAAAAGGGGUGACUGUUAAAAAAAAAAAACAGAGAAUGUGGUGAUACAGGGUGGGUGGUCGGUCCUUCCCGUGAAGCCACAGAGAAGAGAAGCAGAAAGCACACAGUGACAAACUCGAUUUGCUUCCUCUUCUUCAUCCUGCAUCUCUCAUCUGUAACGCCUGUGCGGAGGUUCAGGAAGCCCCCGACUAAACUGGCAUGAGUGUUGGAAGUUUACAGGCAGAGCGUGUAGUUUUGCAACUAAGCUGUUACCAAUGGCAAGAUACAAGUUUUUGAUUAUAAUGCGACACCCACUUUUUAGUUUUCUAAUUUUAUGGUAAAAAUCAUAGCAUUGUAUUCAGAUAGAUAUUGUAAUUAGCCCUUAAGAGGCCACUCCAGUGUUUCAAGGGCACUACGCAACCUGCGUUAAUCUCAUAUGAAUCAAUGUUAUUUUCAUUUUGCUUAUAACUAAUUAACUAAUAUAGAUUUUGAAAUGAUGCUUGCUUGAUAUGUAAGACAACGAUGCUCUUAUCAAAGCCCCUUUCUUCAAAAACGUGCAUAAAUUAUGGUUUUAUACUAAUCUUUACUAAUAUGUAUAAGUGUAUUGUCUAGGUUUGAACCAUAAUUUAUGCACGUUUUUGAAGAAAGGGGCUUUGAUAAGAGCAUCGUUGUCUUACAUAUCAAGCAAGCAUCAUUUAAAAAUCUAUAUUAGUUAAUUAGUUAUAAGCAACUAUAUUAUAUUAUAUAUCUAUAUUAGAUAAUAAGUUAUAAGCAAAAUUAAAAUAGCAUUGAAUCUUAUGAGGUUAAUGCGGGUUGCGUAGUGCCCCUGAAACACUGGAGUGGCCUCUUAAAUAAUAGUAAAGACGAGAGAAUGAAACUAGAUUUCAACAUGGCAUGUGACAUGGAGUGUUUGGAACAUAGUUGUUAGUCUUAACUUAACUACAGCCUACAGCCAAAGAUGUCUUCUGUGUUCUUUAGAAAGCUCCUGUUAAUUUGUUAUUGUAUUUACUGUCUGAACGUAGUACAUCAGAAGUGGUUAAGAUCUUGGUGAAGUGAUUUGAUGUGAUGAUGCAUACUUAACCUUCCAGUUUCUGUGAACGUCUGUAGAUAAAUCACAAACUACUAUUAUAAGCAGUAUUUUAUUAUCAAAGCAGUAUUCUUAAAUUCAUUUUUAAUAGGAUGAAAAUGGAUUUGAGACAUGUAUAUGUGUUUGCUGACACGUAGUGUGGCCACUAUUUUGUGCUUUAGCAUUCUCAGUGGUGUGCUCUUAGCUGACUUGCAGCUGUGCAGCUACAUUAAUUGCAAAUUUUUGUGUUUGGCCCGAAAAAAAACAAGUAGUAGACCAUCCAUUCCCAUGGAACAUAAUUCCAGUACUCGCAGUGUGAAUUUGAGAUUAUUUAAGUAAUUACAGCUGUAAGAUACUUGGUAUAGUUACAUAUCACAGUGAUCUUGUGAACGUUUCACUUAACAAAAAGCAAUAUUAUUAAUAGGAUAUACAAAGUUGUGUGUUAUUGGUUCCCUAUAUUUACUUUAUUUAUUGUACCUGUAUGUAUUUGCUGACGAGAGAAUUUUUAAAGUCACUAGUGUAUGCAGCUAUAAAAAUAUUUUUGUAUUCAGUUCAUCCAUCUUUACUAACUGCAUUAAGGCCAGUAAUCAUAUAGGCUAGGCAAUUUUUUUUAUUUAUUUGGGUUCUCAGGAUCGUACAAAUACAAUAGUCGAAUUGUGCAUACAUAUUUUAAUGUAUACGAUUAUAUGUUUUUCCACCUCAGCAUAAUUUUGUUACACUAAACAUCCUUGUUUGAAACAGUUCCUGUGUUUAUGGUGUUUUUUUAAAAGUUAUUUACUGUUGUUAUUGUAAUAUUUACUCACCAUAUACAGAGAUGUAUGUCUGAGCUAAAAAAAAAAACUUUUUCCGGCAUGUCUCAUGCUGUUUGGUGGGCUGUGUGGUACCGUAUCUGACACGCUGUGUCUUCAUUACACUCGCAGCAACAUUGGCUGCGGGUUGGCCGGUUUGUGCGUAACGAAGGCCUAUUUUUCUACUUGUGAUCUUGAAACAGUCAAUUGAACAAAAAAAAAGUUAUUUGCACAAAUGUUUGUCGGUAGAGUGACGUAUUGUUUCUAACUUAAAGUACGUUGUAGCUUGGCGUCAUAGAAGUUCCUUGUUAGUGCAGUCAGUGUGUUGGCUUCUAGGCUAACAGCUGCUCAGUAUUUAUCCUAGACGUUUUCAGCACUUUACCUCUUUUGGCAGAAUAGUUAGGGUACUUAUUGUAGAAUUGUUAAGUAUGUACAAGGGAAAUGCACCUCUUUCACGGAAAUAUAGAUAAAGCAUUUUCAUUACAAGAUUAAUUUUUUGUGAUGAAAUGAAAUGUGCAGUAGAGUUUGUGCAUAACAUUAAAUAGUUUUCGCAUUUUGAAAAGAAAAAAAAAAUUGUGUUUAGUACGCUGUGUAUAACAUGUAGUAAAAUAUUCUUGACUGAUAAGAGAGAGACUUAGGCAUGCAGUAGUUUAAUGGUCACAUUCGGUAGCGUUCUGAAGUUUGUAUGCAUGAAAAAAUCUGUACUAAUUAAAAUUUGAGCCAUUUCCUUUUGUUAUGUUCAAGUGAAUACAUAUAAGAAAUAUUAUAAUUUAUGUACAUAACUCAUUUUGAGAUAAAGUGAAACCUUGCUAGAAAGAGUUUUGAAAAUUGUAGUAAUUAGUUUGUUAUUGCGUACAAGUAUUUUAAAUUUUCAAACAAUGGAAAAACUAUUGGAGUUUAUAGUUAGAUUCCUAAGCUUUCCAGACAAAUCUACAUUUCUCUUCGAAAAUUGUUUAGCGAAGAAAAGAAAUUGAGAUGAAAGUUAUUGAAAACAGUUUAUCUCUCUUGUUUGAUGAUUGGUGAAUUUGUACCAAGUUUUUUCCCACUAUUAUACCUAACUGUAAUUUUUAUAAGGUGCGUGUGCAGUGUAUUAUUUUUACCCCUUGCAUGUGUUUCAAACUAUAGCCCAAAUGUUGCUUUGCACAAUGAAAGUAUGAAGCAUGCAGAACAUAACAACUGACAACAGUCAUCAAAUCCCCCCAAAAAAAUAAAUCCUGUAAAUAAAUGCACAGUGACAGGAAAACAACUAAGAUAAUUGCAAAAUUGUUACAUUUUCGCACUUCUCAUAAAUUCCCACUUUCGAAACAGCGAGGUUUCACUGGGUUUAUUUCAUCCAUGUUGUUGUGGAAAUUACUGUUGCCUGCUUGAGUGUAGUGAUAGAACUAUAACAUGUUUUCUGGUAGCUUCUUGUAUUUCACACAGUAGUAGUAGUCAUUAGAGAACAGUGACAAAGCUCUUAUGGGGGGGGGGGGGGAGAGGGAGGGGAUGCAUUGCAAUGCUUGUGCAUCUGUUAAGAAAGUAUGCAAUGAACACGUAACACAAUUUCACUUAGUUGUAGAUCCUGUUUUGAAAAUUAACAUGCAUACAAAUUAUUAACCUUGUAUUGUAUACUAUAUAUCGAUACAUAUUCCUAUUUUAUUUAUUUUAUAGUACAAUAAUUAAAUAUACAUAUAUUUCAACAUAUACUAUUUUUUUGUUUCCUAGAAGCAUAUCAUAUAUUUAUUGAUGUAAUUGUGUCAUGUCUCUGGAUGUAGAUACUAACUAUGUAUUUGAGUGCUAGUGUGUGCAACCAAGCAAUAAUUGGAAAAAUGCAUUGGGUUUGCACUGAUUAAGUUUGAAAUAAAAAAUAUUACAUAUGUAUUGCAGCUAGAGCAGGGUUCUUUGUAUGGGAAUUGGGCAGCUUGUUUAUCUGUUGCUGCAGUGUGUAAAAAUUUUCCUCAUUUGUUAAUUUGUUUAUUGCUGGCGUACAGAAAUGCUGACCAUGACAUUUGGUGUAUCCAAAAAAAAUAUUUAUAAAUUGCCAUUUUGUCUUAUUUGUAUUAACUGUAUACGUACCAAUGUUAAAAAAAAAUUUUUAAUGGAUAAAUAAUCUUUGUGUUAAUAUGGAAUUUAUUUUCAUUUCCUCGUAGAUGGUUCCGUUGUUCCAUGUGUGUCUUAUGUGAGACAAAACAAUAGUCCUGUAUGUCUAUACUAUAAUGGGACUUAAUUUUUUCAUUCCAAGCUUCAUUGAAAAUUAAUUUAAUAAUAAUUUCAUAACAUAAAUUCAAUUCAGGAUGAGCAUUAAGUGUAUAAACAUGGAGUUAAAAGUUUCUUUAGUUUUGGUGUGUGUUAACAUAAAAUGUGCCAGUAAUUGGUUUGACGUGUUAUUGUAAUGUAACUGUAUUGCUUUUAGUGAGCAAUUGUACAAACAGCAAUGUAAUUAUUGCAUCACUGAUUGACAUAAUGGUAUUUUAAAAGUUCACAAUUGGGUUUUUUUUUGUCUUCCUAAUGCUUUUUAUUUUAUUAUAUGUUAAAAAUUACCUAAUUGUGAAAUUGUGUGAAGUGUAGUAAAAUUUGACUAGUGUUUUUUUUUUUGUUGAAGAUAAUGUACUUAAUUUGUGUUUGUAUCAAGAUUAAAUAUUAUGUUUCUUUAUA